GGGGGGGCGAAAUGUGAAGGAUACGAAAUAAAGUUGAAAUCAUUUUUAUUUUUUUAAUUCCCUUUCAGGAGUUGACGCCCCCCGAGCUCUAUUUCGCGGCUUUGAUUCCAACGUCAGAAAAAAGAAAAUCAGGCGCGUGGUUUAGACGACUAUCGCGCCUCACGCCCGCCCAUGCACCUGCUCCAGGUGAGCAGCAGCUGCUGCUGCUGCUGCCUCUUACAAGGCGGGGUCUUUAGAGUGGAACGCAGGGAUAGUUUCUGUCGCGAGUGGUUGGCUGCAUUGCUGUAGAUACUCCCGAGGCUUUCCCAAGCCAGGGGUGGGUGUGGAUGGUACCUUCCUGGAAGCAGUAAGUAUGCUUGCUUGGUGUGGAUAUGAGGGAGGUGGGAAUUUGGAAGGUGGGUGGUGUGUGGGGAAGAGAGGAAUUGGAGUUUUGGGGGAAAGUAUACGUGGGAUGUGUCUUUACCAUAUUUAUUCCCCCAAGUUUCCCUAGUUCAUCCUUGUCUAGUUUUCUAAGUCCAGUUUUUCCCCCCACAUGAGGGGCUUGCAGAUCUUUAAAAGAGUGGCUGGGGAAACCCAGCCAGAUUUGGGGGGGGGGGGUAUAAAUAAUAAAUCGUUAUUUAAAAAGAGUGAAACAAGUCCACUGAUAAAUUAAUAGGACUGCCCCAGUGUAAGUCACUAUUAGAAUCACAGACUUGGAGUCCAGUUCUUGUUUUAUGUUUGUUUUAUGUUCCUUGUUCAGUCAAAAGAUGAUGUGUAAUGGUAUAUUUAUAUGGAAUAUAUUCUCAUAUAUAUAUAUAUGCACACAGGAAGCGGUCCAGAAAACCCGGUCAGGUGGGCAUGGUACAAAUACCACAUUAUUAUUAUCAUAAUACUAAAUAGGUGCAAACUAGCCAAAAUUCCCAUUUAUGUUGUAUUAACGUGUGUGUUAUUAUAUUCCUAUUUUUAUUCCCAGUUAGAUGGGUGGGGUACAAAUAAUGUUGUUGUUGUUGUUGGACUGAAUAGGUGCAAACUAGCCAAAAUCCCCAUUUAUGUUGUAUGCCUCUUGGUGAAUAGGAGGGACUGCUGGUCUCCUCCCACCUUUGUUCCUGAUGUAGAUCUUUAUUCCUCUCCUCGUUCCUGAUGGGUAGAUCUUCACUCACCCCUUCUUCCCUGGUGGAGGGUGCUGUUUUGUGGCCCGCUCAGGUGCCAAAAUAUCUUGGGACAGGCCUGAGUCCAGCAUCCCAUUCUCUCAGUGGCCAGCCCCUAAGACAUAAACACAGGACCUCGGUCACAAAAACCAGUGUGGACACAUUUUAUGAAGAAUAAUAGGACAUUAGAUAAUGAGACAAGUAGCGUCUCGCCACUUGCCACACUUCCUUCUAUUGACAUGGCAGAUAGUUUGACAAUUAGUGGCUAGCAGAAGCUAAUGGAGGGUUAAAUCACUACUACAAUAAAGUCAUGAAUUUCUCCAUCAUCUGCUGUGACCAGGGGUUUUUUUUGCCAGUGACAAAAGAGUUUGCCAUGGUGUCAAAAGUAACCAGGAAAUCCAAUCCAAAGGAACUAUUCUAAAUCACUGUGCCUGCACUCACUUAUUUUCCUCUGCAUGUACCUCGGGACCUAGAAGGGUGAUGGUGAAGAACUGUUGCUUGGUGAAUUUUGGUAAUUGUUGUUCUUGGCUGUUAGGAUGUUUAUGCUAAGUAUCCAUCAUAAACCUACAAAAGCCAACACGUCUAGCUGUGGUCAAUGUUCUAAUGUUCUCUCCUUUUCUCUGAAAUCUGUGGCUUUGAUAUUGCAAUUCAGAAUGUUUCAAUGUAAGCCUCUCUUGGAGGCUUUUUGGCUGAAGAGCAGGGCACAAAUGGAAUAAGUGAGUAAGUAUUGCAGAGUGGUUUACAAACUUUGUUGAGAAGACAGGAUAUGCCCUCAAAUUCACAGUCUAAGAGAGCAGAGGGAAUGUAAUAAUGUUGACUCCAUUGAAUAAACUGAAAUGUGUGUAUUCUGAAUACAAAUAAGUGGAUUUGCAUGUGAAAUCCUAUUGGCAACACUUGCAUCAGUUGCCCUCCCAAAGUAUGAUAUGCAGCCUGCAAGGUUAAGAGAACUAAAAGCAGUCAGAUAUGACAUUUCUCAUGUCCUUGUUUUCUGCAGAGUAGGUCACUUAUAUCUUCACUACUUGCUAAAAUGCCUGUGAUCUGUUUUCAGAUAAAGCUAACCUUGAGUUGGAGUAUCAUGCAAAGAUUUGCUCUGAGGUGCUUGUCUCGUUUUUCCUGACCUCCCAUUUUCCUGCAGCACAGGAAACAUACAACCUGGGCUUUUUAAAUGUUAGUAUGCUGUUUUAUAAUGCUAAAGCUGUAUUUCCGCAUUCAUUUCCCCUUAAAUAGGGAGGCAAUGCAAUUUUAUUUGUUUAUUUCAUAAAAUUUAUUUAUACUGUAUCUUGGUUGUAGAAGAAAACCUCAAAGCAGUUAACAAAAAAGAGCUGGAACUGCAAUUUUUAAAAACAAACCACAGAGCUCAAAACAAGCCGUCUCACCACCAUCUACUCUUAGCUGACAGAAUGCCUGGUUAUAAUAAUUAUUGAUAAUUGUGUAAUGUAUUUUAUUUUGUUUUGUGUAUUUUGUUUUGUAAUGGUUUCAGCUACACCUAAUAAAUAAUAUUUGUAUCCAUACUAGGCAGUCCAUUCAACAAGACUCAAAAUAGGCUUUGGUAUCUUAUUUUACUCUACAGAACCAAGAUAUAACUAAUAAGCAUCUUUCUUUGCACUUACAGAACUAAAUUAGUGAUAGCAAACUACAUUGGAAAUCUCUAAAUAUAAACCUAAAUAUUUGGUUUAUAUUGGUAUCUCUAAAUAUUUAUAAAUAUAAAGCUUGAAUCUCACAAGUAUGGGACAUCAUUCUUAGGGACAAACUAACCAUAUACAAAAGGGGCAUUGCAUCCAAAACAAAACGAAAACCCCAGACACUUUCUAUAAAGCAUGGUAUGCCUUUAUUGGCUUGGUAAAAUUGGUUGAUCAUUGUUUCCAUACGUUAUAUCACAUGCAACACUAUGGAGCAACACCUUUAGUUGUUGCCUAUGUUGGAACAAAAGUUACUGCAGUCUUUAGCUGAUAUAUAUUUUUCUCACUUACCAAGCUCUGUAUUCCGCCUUGAUAACUGUUUAGCAAGUCGAUAAAAAGCAAUUUAAGAAGAGAAAGCGUAUUUUACCAAGUCAGGCCUUUGGCUUUGUCUAACUCAGUAUUGCCUACACUGCCUAGCAGCAGUUGUCAAGGGUUUCAGGAAAGUCCCGUCCCCCCCCAGUUUACCUGGAGAUACCAGAAGCUAGGACCACAGCUGUCCUCUGUUGCAUAUGUGGACACCUGACUGCUACAAAUACAUUGUCUGAAAGCCUGAAUUACAUGAAAGUUUCAUGCUUCUUAGCAUUGCUUUCCUUUUUGGUUUUGCUUCUCCAAAAUAUUGCAGUCAUCUAAUAUCUCUAUCUGUAUGCAGCCACUUUAAAAGAGGUAAAUUCAAGCAAAUAUUUUCAUUCUCCUCUUCUGCUCAGCUGCUGUCAUAUUAUUUUACCCUUUAGCUUUCAUUCAGCAAGAUUAUCCUGCUUAGGGGGAGGAUGGGGAGUUCAGUCUGUGCGUACUUAGAGGCUCAUUUCAAGCUGUUUCAAAUAUGAAGGUAAUUUGCCGUGAGAGUCAUAAAAUCCUUCUGAUAAUGUUUUGUCAUUUGGGCUGAAAUCCUAUACCCACUUACCUAGGAGCAAGCCCCACUGAACUUAAUGUGACUUUUUCUGAGUAGUUGUAGGUAGGAUUGUUAGAUUCCCUAAGGACUUGCCUGAAAAGAGAUUCAGGGCUGCAUUUCAUUACUGUUUUGCCUCUAUAUAUCACUUUGUGUGUCCAAUGAUAAGGUUGCACCGUUCCCAUAGCAAACAUAAAACUGAACUUAUAACAACUGAUUAAAACAUGUGCCUUUUGUGUACCUUGUAUGUGAUGUUUUAAAAAGGCGGGUAUUUACUCAGUACAGUGGUACCUCGGGUCAAGAACUUAAUUCGUUCUGGAGGUCUGUUCUUAACCUGAAACUGUUCUUAACCUGAAGCACCACUUUAGCUAAUGGGGCUUCCUGCUGCCGCUGCGCCGCUGCUUCAUGAUUUCUGUUCUCAUCCUGAAGCAAAGUUCUUAACCCGAGGUAAUAUUUCUGGGUUAGCGGAGUCUGUAACCUGAAGCGUAUGUAACCUGAAGCAUAUGUAACCCGAGGUACCACUGUGCUAUGAUUGUGGCGUUGUACAGUUUGAAAGUAUAAUUGGAAAUGUAAUUAAACUCUGAUAAACAUGUGCAGCCAGAUUUCCAACAAACCAUCUUGAUGGCGUGCGCUCUCGCGCGCUCUCUCUCUCUCUCUCUCUCUCUCUCUAUUGCUGAUAAGAAAGUUUUGCAAGGCAGGUUUGUUGCGCUGGGAUAUAAAUUCUUUCCACUGCUCUGUUCAUGUUUUUGUGCAAGACUUCUUAAUGACGCCCUCCGUUUUCAUGAACAAAAGAAGGGAGACCUCAGAGAUACUCAAAUGAUAACUUGAUUGGCACAGUGCGUUCACAAGACUAUCUUCCACCCAAUCCUUGCUCCAGAUUUAGUUGUACUGAGCAAUUUCAUUGGAGGGAGUUUUCUCCAUUCUUGAUAUCUCAUGCUCUCCUAUCUUUCUGGCUCCUUAUUUUGGACACAGCUGACCUUGUAUCUAAUAGCUGUUUGUAUAUUAAUUUUGAGAAAUAUUUCACCUGAUAAAUGAUGAGCAGAUUAGUUUUGCCUUCUGUUAUCUUACACAGUGUUUGUUUAUAGAUUUAUUACCCCAUUGUAUAGGGCUGGCAGUGUUUUGAGUUUCUCAUCUGGAUCUAAGUCAGAGGAGUUUAAAAAUCCCCAACUAUUUCACAUUCUGUGACUGCAAUCCUAUACUCAACAGGGCUUCUGUUAAUACUUGAAAAAUCUUUACCAGCUCUCAUGUGCACUGCCUGUAUUAUCCUGCUACCAUCAGUCAUUCCUUUUAGCUUCUCUUGAGGACUAAAACUAAGACAGAUGUUUGCAUUGUAUUGAUGACAAACUAUUCUCUGUGAGGUCACCUCUUUCUCUUCAAAUCCCUCCUGCAAAACAUGCCACCUUGGAGAAGUCUUUGUUGCAAUCUGCUCAUGCAUUAGUGAGACUAAAAUUAAGCCUUAAAUGCAUGCAACUUCAUGAUAGCACAUUCUUCCCCCGUGGCCUCUCUGCUGUGUAUCUUGUUAGAUUGUAAGCUCCUCAAGAAAUUCUCCUGUCCUUUCCUAUGCUGCAAGCGCAAUGCACAAUGAUGGCACUGUGUUACAUGAAUAAAAUUUCUGCAACUGUUCCUUAGGUGAAAAGUAUUUCAAGGCUACGCCAAAAAAUCUAAUGGUUCUGCCACCUAAGCUAUUCACAUAUUUACUUUUGCUCCUCAGUAACUUUUAACACCUCAGUAAUACAGAUAAAAUGUUUUAACCUUUAUAGCUCAGCCUAAGUGCCCAUGCUUUUAAGUGGCUUAAUGUUUAAUAAUACUUAGGUCCAGUGUGGAUGGAUGGAUGGAAUGUAAACAAUUUGGCUACUAACAAUAGGUUUUGUGCUCCAUAGGCAUCAUGGUUUACAUUUUUAUUCUUGUGACAGCAAUGAAGGACAGGUAUUUACAAAGCAUUUCAAGAGGACUCAAAAGAAUAUGAUUUUUUUCCCCCUUGGGCUAAUGGAGAUUGCAGUGGAACCUUAUUUAUUUAAACCAUCUUGAUAUGCAGUGAGAGCCUCUACUUUGCAGAGAUAUUCAACCAACACAGCACUCUUAGUCAGAAUUCUAAUUACAGACUUCAAGCUUCUUUUAGAAACCUGCCUGUUUUCCUGUUCUGUCUUAUGCCUGACUCACGUAGCGUUCAAUGUCAUCAUUCUUGAAUCAGCUGUGGCAUAAUCACUCCAAAGCCAUCAGCUAGUAAGUCCCUUUGCUGGAACUUAUUUGCAUUUUAACGUUGCCUGCUGCAUCUCUUGGUUGCUCAUUGGUGGAAUGAAAUUGGAUCAAUUUUUUAUUUAGCUUGACACACGCUUCAGAGCUACUGGUGAAAAAAUGUGUCAUUUCUCCAUAGGCUCAAUAUUCAAAAAUAGCAAAUUGUACUGUGGAAUGAUUCUCCACAGUCAUGUCUUUAUGCUGAUAAUGGAGGAGAUAGUGGUAGCGUUAUAUGGUGUUACUAAGCAAGACAUUUGUACCAGAUUGUUAGGGAGGCAACAAAUGUUACCAGCUCUUGGAACUAACAGAUGCUUCUUACCCCCUUUUGAAAUAUUCAUGUUUUGCUUACAAUACUCCUUUAUAUUUCUACUCCUUUUCAGUGAAUAACCCUAUACCUUCCAAUUUGAAGUCGGAAGCAAAGAAGGCAGCUAAGAUUUUAAGAGAAUUUACAGAAAUCACUUCUAGAAAUGGCCCUGACAAGAUCAUACCUGGUUAGUAAAAGAGAGUUUUUCAUCUUGUUGAUCACAACUUCAGUUUGUUUGUUCUUUCUAGAGCUAAGUUUCCCCUCUAGUCUUGUCUUUGUGAGUUCACUUGAUUAAAGGCCUGGGAUCUGCAUUUGGUAACAUGAAAUGGAUUGUGUGCGGAUUUUUUCUUUUCUAAAGCAACUGUUAGAUUUUGCAAUCCCAGCUUUCUAUAAACUGUUUCCCAGAAAGAAGCUGGUAUCGCAGUCUAGGAAAAAGCAGUGGUCCAAGGCAUGUCCUGCAAAUUCACUUGCAAUGUACAGUCGUACCUUGCACACGCUGAACACCUGAAACUCAGACGUUUUGGCUCCCGAAUGCCGCAAAACCCAGAAGUGAUUGUUCGGUUUGCGAACAUUCAUUUGGAACCUGAACGUCCGACGGUGCUUCCUGCAGCCAAUCAGAAGCCUUGAUUUGGUUUUCGAACGUUUUGGUCCCCGUAAAAUGCCAGUUAAAUGGCAAUCUGGUUAUUCCUUUCCUGCCUCUCUGCUUUUAGUAAUCAGCAUCACACACAGAAGGGCAAGCUUCAAAACUAACUUGCCCAUUGGUCGUGAAACUAAAGUCUGUCCCUCAGACUUCAUUGACUUCCUUGAUCAAGAGUAUCAAAGCAAAAUAUUGCCUCAAAGUGUCAAGUCUCUCUGCAUAACAGCUUAAUUAAAAUAAAAAAAAAGCUCUCCUCCCUGAUUGGGAGUGGAUAGGGUUGCCAUAUGUCCAGGAAAUCCUGGACAUGUCCUCUUUUUGGUGGCUCAACAACUUUUUCUUUUUUUGCCUAGAUGUUUACCUCUGGAAAUACAGCAACCCUAGUAUUGGUUCUUUUGCCUCCAUAAUAUCUAACUGUUUAAUUUCAUUAUUUGCAGCCCAUGUAAUUGCCAAAGCAAAAGGUCUUGCAGUCUUGUCUGUAAUCAAAGCUGGGUUUUUGGUAACAGCUCGAGGAGGCAGUGGGAUCGUUCUGGCUCGCCUCCCUAACGGAAGUAAGUUUGCCCUUUCCUCCUUUUAAAGCAGUCCAAAUGCUUCUGCGUGCAAAAAGAGAUGCCGAGAGUUUUUCAAGCUUCAACAGGGCCUGCAUGUCCAUUGGGAUGAAAUUGUGAGCUAUUAUGAAUUGGGCAUAUCUGGCAACUACCCUCCCAGCUGAACAUAGAGGAUGUUGAGUCUUAGGCCCCCAUCACAAAUUUCACUACUUUGAAGUAUGUGUCUGUUCAUCUGAUUAUCUGGCUGAGUAUAUUUAUGCAUUAUAAAAAUGAGAAGAUAGGGGGUAGGCAGAGAAGGUUAGAUCAUUCUAUCAGGGUUUAUUCAGUUGUACAAAAAGAAAUCAGUCUCAUGAUGUCCAGGAGCAUAAUAGUGAAGUUAAAGUACAGAACUGGGUGCUAUUCCCUAGACCAGAUUUUCCAACCUGGUGCCCUCCAGAUAUUACUGGAGCCUUAACACACAUCUCACUUGCCUCCUUCCAAUCAGCACAGUUCGUAGAGCAUGUGUCUCUUAAUUUCAGGGUCAAGUUCAAUGCCCACAUUGGGCAAAAUAUCCCUGCAGUACAGGGGGUUGGACUACCGUAUUUUUCGCUCGAUAGGACGCACUUUUUCCCCUUCAAAAAUGAAGGGGAAAUGUGUGUGCAUCCUAUGGAGCGAAGAUGCCAUAGCCCCGCGACCCUCUCCCGGCUGGAGAGGUGACGCGCGGCUAUGGCAGGAGCCUCUACAGCCCCGCGUCACCUCUCCAGCCGGGAGAGCGCGCAUGGGGCUAAAGCAGCCCCCCGCGACCCUCUCCCAGCUAGAGAGGUGACGCGCGGCUAUGGCAGGAGCCUCUACAGCCCCGCGUCACUUCUGCAGCCGGGAGAGCGCGCGCGGGGCUAAAGAAGCCAUAGCCCUGCGACCCACUCCCGGCGGGAGGAGUGACGCGCGGCGAUUGCAGGAGCCUCUCCACAGCGCCAGUCUGCGGCUCCUGACCUGCUCUUUGGGGCUGGUGGUGGGCUUCCCCGCCAGCCCCAAAGAGCAGGUCGAAGGAACCUGAAGCCUGGAGAGCGAGAGGGUCAGUGCACACCGACCCUCUCGCUCUCCAGGCUUCCAAGGUAGCCGCCUGAACGCACCUUAAACGGCACCUUGUUUUAGAGUGGGAAAACAAGAGGGGGAAAGUUCUCCCCCUCUCUGUGCAGCGCCUCCUGCUGCUUCACUGAAGGGGCGCUGGGCAGAGAGGGGAAAAAAUUUUUUUUCUUGUUCUCCCCCCUCUAAAACAAAGUGCGUCCUAUUGUCCGGUGCGUCCUAUGGUGUGAAAAAUACGGUAGAUGACCCUUGUGGUCCAUUCCAGCUCUAUGAUUCUAUCUGUUUAGCCCUCUUGGCCAAUUGUCAGGGAUAGUGGGAGCUGUAGCCUUAGCAACAUAGUACGGGCACCAGGUUGGAAAAGGCUUCUCUGGUCAGCAAGCACCUUGACACCCAUUCACACAAGGAAUCCUCCAGCAAAUCAGUUUGUGUGAAGGCUCUCGUUGAAAACAAAAAUCCUAAAACUGAGACAGAAUUGUCUUGCUGGUGGAGGCAUGUUUCAAAGGCACAUAUCUGUGUCCUUUUGCUGGCAGGCACUGAGCGCUUCCGUAAUCUCCGAAGAAUAGCUCGCAAACAAAUGUUCCCUUUGUCUUGAGUUUAUACUUGGUCAUAAAAAGCAGCUUGCAGUUUGCUGUUUUGAAAACACUGCGGAUUACAUAAUGGGAGCAUUCCUGUACAUGAGAGUCCUGUUCGGUUAGUUCCAAUGACUAAAAAUGAGCAGCUCCAUGUUUCUUUUAGAAGAAGUAUAUUUACCUCUGUGGCUCUCCAGAUGAUAGGCUUCGGUUCCCAGGUCACAUAAGCUGUGGUGAGAGAGGAUAGGAGUUGUAAUCUAACAACAUCUAGAGGGGCUACAAGUUCCCUCUUCCUGUAAUAGAUGCCUUGUGACAUCCUUGGAACUGCCUUAAGAACAUAAGAAGUUCCUACUGGAUCCAACCAAUGGCUCAUCUAGUCCAGCUAGGGCUGGCCUGCCCAUGAGGCAAGGCGAGGCAAUCGCCUCAGGAGGCAGGAUGCCCAAGGGGAAUAGGAAUGCAUCACCUGUUGCCGCAGUUGCAGCAAUAUCUGUGGUGCUCUCCUUUGAGGCCAGAUCUGCUCUGUCAUUGGCAGCCCAAAUGCCACCUCUGCAACGGCCUCUUGGUGAAUAGGAGAGGCUGCUGGUCUCCUCCCACCCUUGUUCCCAAUUUAGAUCUUUAUUCCUCUCCUCGCUCUUGAUGGGUAGAUCUUCACUCACCCCUUCUUCCCUGGUGGAGGGUGCUGUUUUGUGGCCCACAGAGCCCAGGACUUGCUGAUCAGAAGGUCGCGGUUCGAAUCCCCGCUACGGGGUGAGCUCCCAUUGCUCAGUCCCUGCUCCUGCCAACCUAGCAGUUCGAAAGCACAUCAAAGUGCAAGUAGAUAAAUAGGUACCACUCCGGCGGGAAGGUGCACUGCUUUGGUUCGCCAGAAGCGGCUUAGUCAUGCUGGCCACAUGACCCGGAAGCUGUACACCGGCUCCCUCUGCCAAUAAAGCGAGAUGAGCGCCGCAACCCCAGAGUCAGUCACGACUGGACCUAAUGGUUAGGGGUCUCUUUACCCUUUACCAGGUGCCAAAAUGUCUUGGGGCAGGCCUGAGUCCUGCAUCCCAUUCUCUCAGUGGCCAGCCCCUAAGACAUAAACACAGGACGUCAGUCGCAAAAACCAGCAUGGACACAUUUUAUGAAGAAUAAUAGGACAUUAGAUAAUGAGACAGUAGCGUCUCUUGACUUGCCACACUUCCUUCUAUUGACACGGCAGAUAGUCUGACAAUUAGUGGCUGGCAGAAGCUAAUGGAGGGUUUGAAAGGAAUUUAGUUCCUGUUAUGAUUCCCAAACAAUAGUUUGUGGCUUGUUUAUGUUUCAGUGGUGUAUGUAGCACAUGAUGUGACUUGCCUUACUCGAGCCUUCUAAAUUUUACCAAAACUGUCUGGAUUUUGUAGUUUCUACAGCUGUGCAUGAGAUUCAAAACUGGGAGCAAAAUAAAACAUUUUGAAGAACAGCUUCCAACUUUCCUCGGCAAACUUUGACAUAGACAUUUGUAUCAUGCUUUUCAAAAUGACCUACGUAUUGUAUUACAUACAGAAGAAUUCUAGGCCUCCCUCAGAGUACUCCGGCAGCUCUCCUAAGAGUGGAAGUAGGAUUACCUUCUGUGUCUGCCAGGGCCCACUUAAGAUUCCUGCGUUUUUUCACCAACCUCACAGAUGCCCCGAACACCUUAUUGGCUAAACAAGCCUUUGUAUUAUUACAAAAUAAUACUACUUGGCAUAAAAACCUACUAGAUAUCCUAUCCAGAUACAAUCUACCUGAGUUUAAUACCCUUAAAUUGUGGAGCCCUGAUAAAGUUCGGGAAUGGAUCUUUGAAAAAGACGCCUUUUGGACUCCACAAAGAUAAAAAACUCUGGGUUUUCCUACUGGUUUCCCGAGUAAAAGCAGUCAAAAUCUGUGCCAACUACUUGGUGGAGAUCACUGACCCCACCCUUCGGAGAGCUUUCACUAUGGCACGGUUUCAAACACUGCCAACUGCAUAUCUGACCGGUAGAUUCACAAAAACCCCAGUAGAACAUCGUUUAUGCCCUUGCCUUAUGAAAAUUAAAGAGGAUCUUACACAUUACCUCCUCUAUUGCCCCAUCUACUCGAGCUUUAGAGACGCAUUGCUGCAAAUUAUACCCAACUCUAUAACCAAUCCUGAAGAUAGAGUAAAAUUUUUGUUAGUUGAUGCAAACCCACGUAUUACCCAUGUGGUAGCGGUUUUUGUGAUGAAGGCCAUGAAAGCCAGGGAAAGACUUAGGGAUGACAAUGUAGAGACCCCUUCAUCGUCUGUUUAACUCGUUGCUCGUUUUCCCUCUCUUUCUAUUUUGUGGGACGAAGGUUUUGUUGGCGUAGUAUGUAAUGAAUUUUAAUAUCUUUUAACUAUUGUUGUGUUAAUGUUUGUGUACAGGCAUGGUCCUCACAAUAAACGGAUUUGUAUUGUAUUGUAUUACAUACAUAUUUUGUUUGAACGUGUAGUCUUUCAUUUGCAAGUCAGCAUUGGAACAAAAAAUUCAGCGUUGUAGAAAUGCCUGAACUGUAUGAAGCGAUUUCCUUCGAAGUUCUUUUUCUUUGUGAAUAAAGCAUUGCAGAAUGGCAUUGGAUUAUUUGCAAAUGAACUUCAAAUACGAGAGUCUAAUGCAGCGGCAUCCUCUUUCCCUGUUGCACCUGCCUAUCUUGUUCAGUUCUACAGUAAAAUGCGCCACGUGUUCACCAUGUGUUUCUGUUUCUCUUCUAGUCUGGUCAGCUCCGUCUGCCAUCGGGAUAGCUGGCCUUGGUGGCGGAUUUGAAAUCGGAAUCGAGGUAAGUUAACGCUGCAACGUUUAGUUAGUUGGUUAGAAAACACGCACACACAUUUUGAUUGACUCCUAAAACCAUGUCUCUAGUUAAUUGGGCAGAGUUUUUAAAUUAUGAUGAUAUACGUAGUAAAAAUUACAGAUGAGGAUCCUGUGUGUGGAAAGGGGCAGAAUGGUUCUCUUUUACGACAGUGCCUGCUGCAGCAGUUCUAUUUAUCACACAGUAACACAGAGAGCAUGUCUUCCUCCUGUAGGACUAUUUUUUUCCUCUUGCAUGCAAACUUAGGCAGAUUUGGUACGUGAUUGACUAAAACUCAUAUACAGUGGUACCUUUGGUUGAGGACAUGAUCCGUUCCGGGGUGCCGUUAGCACCCCGAAAAGUCCGUAACCAGAGCGGCGCUUCUGCACAUGUGCGAAGUGCGAUAGAGCACUUCUGUGCAUGCACAAACUUCACAGAACGUUUCAGUGUGUGCAUGGCGAAACCCGGAAGUAAACACUUCUGGGUUUGCCAUGUUCUUAACCCGAAAAAACACAACAUGAAGUGUUCGCAAGAAGAGGUAUGACUGUAUGGUUCAAUAAGAUUUUCUUUAUAUUGGGUGACAGCUUUUUUUAAAGCAUUCAUAUUUGCAUUCACAUUUAUGAUACAGUCGUACCUUGGUUUUCAAACAGCCUAGGUCUCGAACAUUUUGCCUCCCGGAUGCCGCACCCCUGGAAGUGACUGUUCUGGUUUGCAAACUGUUUUUGGAAACCAAACGUCCUGCAGCUAAUCAGAAGCCACGCUUUGGUUUCUGAACGUUUUAAUCAGACUUUCGGAACAGAUUCCGUUCGACUUCCAAGGUAUGACUGUAUUUCUUUAUGGUAGCUAGACUUCAAGAGGCUCUGUUGUAGUCAGGAAUGGAGAACCCUUGCACUUCCAGAUGAUGUUGGAUUUGCAACUCCCUUCAGUUUCAGCUAGAAUAGCCAGUGCUUAGGAAUGAUUGGAGCUGUAGCCUAAUUAGCUCCAUUGGUUAGAGCAUGGUGCUGAUAAUCCCCAGGUUACAAGUUUUGUAUCCCAUCCUAUGUCUUUCAAGUGUUAGUGAUGGAAGACAAAAAAGAGCUUGCUUGGUACAUUCAUUUGCCAAACUAAAGCACAACUAUAAUGCUUUUCCUUGAGAAUUAUGUCCAGAGAGGAAACUUGAAGAGGAAGCAUGCAAUUUGUUUGCUUUUCUGUAAAGUAAGUAAAGCACUGCCCACUCCUGAUGAUGGAUAACUGGCAUGGCUACAGAGCCCUGAGAUGCUGCCAGUGAGUGUUGUAUAACCUUGAUCUCUUCUGUGCGUGCUUUGUUGACUGCCAACCAGUUCUUGCCCAAGCAGGUAAAAAAAAAACAACUGCAGCUAAAUCCUACUUGGAGUAGACCUGUUGAAAAUAAUGAACCGAAGUCCACUAACUUCAGUGAACCUAAGUUAGUCAUGUCCACUAACUUCAAUGGGUCCACUCUGAAUAGUACUAGCGGUGAAUACCGCCCGUUGUCGCUUGCCAAAAGAAAUCUAAACAAAACCCUGGUGAUAUGGUUGGUGUAGUAGCUGAUCUAUUCUUGCAGCUGCCCAUUCUGUUGAAAGCUACUUCAACUUGGAAGGAAGUUGGAAGCAGCUGCCAUUUGAGGGUGCAGUUGCAGAAGUCAAACUGGAAAGCCAGCUUCCUUCCUCCCACCUACUUGUCUAUGAGUUGGGAGCAAUGCAGCUACCUGUGUUGUACAGCAGGCAUAACUAGGGCAAAACAAUUGUCACUUGGACCUCCAGUUACACUUCACCCAGGACUGGCCCAAUGAUCGUGGUCUGUAUUGUCACCCUCCCCAGUAACAUGAAAUUAUGAAAUGUCAAGAAGCUUGUGUGGAGAGUUUUCUCAGCCUAAUGUUCUCCCCCCCCCCCCCCACGGUGCAGCAAGCCAAUUUGGCGCCUGGGGCAGCGCGCGUGCCCUGUGCCCAGGGGCAGGGCUAGCUGCCUGCAGGGCGGGGCCAGCCAGGGUAGGACGCUUUGCGAGGUCUCUGAGGAGUCUGCCUGCCUCCUCCCACUCAGCUGCCCUACAGGUGAGGAGGAUGCUGUGGGCGGAUUGUUUGGAGCAAAGCAGAGCCUGCGGGCGCCCAAGCCACCUCAUCACUCCCAGGAGAGACGCGUGGCUUGGGCGCUCUGCAGGCCCCAUGGUGAGUGCCGCCCGACAUUUUGUCACCCCCCUCAGUAGUGACACCCAGGGCAGCCCGCCGUUACUGCAGCCUCCUUCCUCCGCCCCUGCUCCCCACCCAAAAAUGAUUACAUCCUAAUUUUCUUUCAUUCUAUAGCAAGUCACCCUGGUUGCUUCCCUUCACUCAAAUAAAUGCUACAUUUCUUAGGCAUUGUUUGAAAACAGUGCACUCAAUUCAGUUCUGGUUGUGCCAAGGCGAGUCAAGGUGACAAAGGGAUGCUUUCAGAACGAACAUCUGUAUUCCAGUUCUUUCCUAAGGGCUUGUUUACAUUUUCUGCUCCUUCUGAGAUGACAGCUACUUAACUCCCUUCAGUCUCCCAUAUGAUCAAGGGGUUUAUCAAGCUAAAUGAGGGAAAGAGCACUUUUAAAAAACCCAAAAAACUUAUGUAUAGUAGCUCAAGUGUGGUUAACCCACACCCAAGUUUGGGGGCUUGAGCAUGACUUGAAAGCAACUUUUCCAGAUCCCACUGGUUUUUGCAGCAGCAAAAAAGAAGAAGAAGGGGUGGAGUAUACCCAGCUUGAUCAUUUGAUGAGCAGUGGCUGGGCAAUAACUCCCCACUCAUGAGCUGAUCUGUUUGGAUAGCUCGGAAGAGGGUGACUGUGGUGCCCUGUGUACACAUGCAAGAGUGUAUUAAACAGUUGCCUAUUUAAAACAAAAAUCCACCAAUGGGGUGAUGGGCAACUUGCAGGCUGUGUGUGUCCUUCCACCUCCUUCAGUGUGCCCUGGUCAGACAAAUAAAUACAAUAUUUUUCGCUCCAUAAGACGCACCAGACCAUAAGGCGCACCUAGUUUUGGGAGGAGGAAAACAAGGGAAAAAAUAUUCUGAAUCCCAGAAGCCAGAACAGCAAGAGGGAUCUGGCUUCUGGGAUAGCCUCUGGCUGUUCUGGCUUCUGGGAUAGCCACGCCAAGCCUCUUCAGGGCAGCGGGGUGAAGGCUCCCCCUGCCCGGAAGAGGCUGCGCAGGGCUAAGGCAGAAGCCAGGACAGCAAGCGUGAUUGCUGCGGAGCCCCUUCUGUUCCUCCUCCCGCUUCGCUGAAGGGGCACUGCGCAGCUCUCCCUCUCUGCGCAGCGCCAUUCACUCCAUAAGACACACUCACAUUUCCCCUUACUUUUUAGGAGGAAAAAAGUGCGUCUUAUGGAGUGAAAAAUAUGGUAGCUACCUUCAGUUCUUGUUCUCCAGGAUAAACAUUCACUGGGAUUACUAGAUUUGUUGGUUCAGCUUGUUUUCACGAAAGUAGUCUUUCGAUAUGGCCUCUUUUUCUAUGCUAUCCUGCUUGUAGGCAAACGAAACAAUUUGAGUUCUUUCCUUCUGGAAAUAGAUUCAACAUUCUGCUUUUUAAUUUUCUUUCUCCAGGUGUCAGACCUUGUGGUAAUACUGAACCACGAGAGAGCUGUUGAAGCUUUUGCAAAAGGUGGCAAUCUUACUCUGGGAGGAAAUUUUACAGUCGCAAUUGGGCCUUUGGGGAGGUGAGUGUCACUCAAAUGCUAAAGGAUUCUGAGCUCUCAAAAGCUGUUACCGUACAGCUUUAUUUAUCUUCAGUAAGCUGAAAACGGUGUUAUUGAUCCUCCAAUGAGAGUGGAGUGGAGGGAGAGCCUCCAGGGACUUGUUCUAGUUCACGGUGCCUUGAGGAGUUGGCUGUCUGAAUGUUUGUUUCCUCGUAUCAAAACCAGUCUCUGGAGACCGCCUACUGGCAGAGUGGGCAGGAAGAUUUUAGCAGGGCUUUUCUCCAAGACAGUUAACACAAAACACCAGCACGUCAGGAACAGCAGUAAGCGCUCCUGACAAUAAUGGGUGCUGUGCAAGGAAGCCUUUGGGCCAGAUCCUGUAGAUGGUUGCUUUCCACCCACUUAUGUGACUCAUGUCUCUGAUUUACACUUCCUUUCUCUCCCUUUAGUUCCAAAAAAAAAAGAGAAUUCAAAGGGAUACAUGGGCACACUUUCUCUAGGGUGGAGUUUCCCAAACCUGGGUCUCCGGCUGUUUUGGGGACUACAGUUCCCAUCAUCCCUGACCACUGGGCCUGCUAGUUUAGGGAUGAUGGGAGUUGUAGUCCCAAAACAGCUGGAGAUCCUUCAAGUCUUUCUUCCCUGGCUCCUAAGCAAGGAGAGGGGACACGCACUCUGUUUAGCAAGAGUUGUUUCAUGGGGAUUGCACUGUUUUGCAGAAUCCCUAAAAAUUCUUAAUAGCACUACGUGGGUGCAAGCAGCUUGCAGCAUAAGGUUUCCUCGUUGCAACAGUGUACACUGUGGGCUGGACAGGACUUUAGCCUAGGGUGAAGAUCUCUGUUGGAAACAUCCACAUUUGUCUAUAUACAAGUAAUCCGGUUUAUUAUCUUUAUACACAAUUGGGUUUGUAAUGGUUUAUUCUUAUAUAGAGUAGCUUACUUACUAUUACCACCAAGGAGUGGGGCACCACUGGCAGUUCACCACACUGUUCUGCCAGCCUUAUUCAAAAGGGGGGAAAUGUGGAAAUGCAAACACACACACACACACACACGAACUCGAGUAGUGGUGAAAUGUGGAAACGUAUCACAAGCUGAGAACAGAUCAUGAGAUGAGAUAGCUCAAAUAGAAGAUGAGCCUCUCAGCCUCAGGGUCGUGGGUUUGAGCCCCAUGUUGGGCAAAAAGAUUCUUGCUUUGCAGGGAGUUGGACUAGAUUACUCACAUGGUCCCUUCCAACUCUCCCAAGUCUAUGAUUCUGUGGCUAUAAGAGGAAUUCUGUGUUGCACUAAGGCAAUUGUUCCAUCGGAGCAAUCAUUUUAGCUUGGCAGACAGAACAGUUGCCUCUCUCUCCCUUCCAGCUCCGCCCUAAUAAUAAUAAUUAAUAAUAAUAAUUAUAUCCCGCCCUCCCCAGCCAGAGCCGGGCUCAGAGCGGCUAGCAGCAAUAAAAGUAACACAGCAUUCUAAAAUCAAUUCAAAAUCAAAUGGCAACCACUGGGCCAGAGUUCUACGAGGAUCACCAAAGGAGCGGGUGAGACUGUGCCCUGGCCAAAGGCCUGGUGGAACAGCUCUGUCGUGCACGCCCUGCGGAAAGAUGUCAAGUCCCGCAGGGCCCUAGUCUCUUGUGACAGCGUUCCACCAGAUCGGAACCACAGCCGAAAAAUCCCUGGCUCUGGUUGAGGCCAGCCUAACCUCUCUGUGCCCCGGGACCUCCAAGAUGUUUUUAUUUGAAGUCCGUAAGGUCCUCCGUGGGACAUACCAGGAGAGGCGGUCCCGUAGGUACGAGGGUCCUAGGCCGUAUAGGGCUUUGAAGGUUAAAACCAUCAUCUUAAACCUGAUCCUGUACUCCACCAGGAGCCAGUGCAGCUGGUAUAGCACUGGGUGAAUGUGAUCCCGCGGUGAGGAUCCAUAAGGUCCUUGGGGAUUUUCCUGCCCCAACCCCACCCCGAAGAGGAGGGAAAGCCCUGUUGCACAAGCGCAAGUCCUCACACCGGGCUGAUGAGACUCCUGAGCUGGAUCCAACCCUCUGCUUUUUCCUCCCACUUAGAAAUCUCGAAGGUGACGUUGCCUUGAGAAGCUCUGCUGCUGUCUAUACGUACUGCAAAUCUCGAGGGCUGUUCGCUGGGGUGUCUUUAGAAGGAAGCUGCCUAAUUGAAAGGAAGGAGACGAACGGCAAGUAAGUAGCUGGGCAGCUGAGAUUGUUCUUCUCAAAAUUUAGCUCCUUCAAAGGGCAGGGUAUACAUUUAUGAAAUAAUAUAAUUGGAGUUCUAGUGGCUAGAGUGUCUGAUUAAGACAGGACAGACCCAUGUUCAAAUUCCCACCCGUCCAGGGAGCUCGCCCUAAUCUUGGGUGGGUCAUGAUCUCUCUCUAACCUACCACACAAGGUCUUUGUGAGGAUAAAAUAGAGGGAGGAGGAACUGUGGACUCUCCCGUAAUCUCUUUGGAGUAACAGCCUGCUGUAAAUGAAGAAAGAACAUAGUACACAUUGUAGAACAUAGGAAGUCAGGCAAGGAUGUUUCACACUCAGUCUGCUAGCAAGAGAAUCAAGCACACAUUGUCUUCAGAGCAUAGAGAUAAAAACUGAGCAUAGAGAUAGCAGCCUAUGGCUUUCUAGUUCAGGGCAUCCCCUGCUCCUUACUCCUUUUCCUACAGCAGAAGAGGCAGACACGCAUUUCUGCGUGCUUAUAUGAGCUAGGAAGAGAGACCUAGAGAAUGGGCCUUUUCUGUGGUGGCUCCCCAAUUGUGGAAUGCUCUCCCCAGAGAGACUCACCUGGCGCCAUGACUACAUGUCUUUAGGCGCCAGGCAAAAACAUAUGUUUUUACCCUAUGGCUAUUGUAAUUAUCUAUGGCCUGUGAAAGUGUGGAGGAGUGGACUGUUAUUAUGAUGACUGUUUUAUUAUUAGGCUGUCUGUCAGUAUGUUUUUGACUGUGUUUCUAUUAGGUUUUUAUCACUGAUUUUCUGUAAUGUGUUUUAAAUGUUGUGCAGUGCCCUCGGAUCUUCUGAUAAAAGAGCGUUAUAUAAAUUGAAUUAAUAAUAAUAAUAAUAAUUAAUAAUAGAUGGGUGUAGUAGAUGUGCUUGUGUGUAGAAGGAUGGGUGGGGUGGGGUGGUUCUGUGUCUGUGAAAAAGAGAAUAAAUGGGUUGGGGGUGGGAAAUGAAUGUCCCACCCACUUUUGGCUUUGGCCUCAGCUACUGCUAGUAGGGGACGCAGGUGGCGCUAUGGGUUAAACCACAGAGCCUAGGACUUGCCGAUCAGAAGGUCGGGGGUUCAAAUCCCCGCGACGGGGUGAGCUUCCGUUGCUUGGUCCCUGCUCCUGCCAACCUAGCAGUUCGAAAGCACGUCAAAGUGCAAGUAGAUAAAUGGGUACCGCUCCGGCGGGAAGGUAAACGGUGUUUCCGUGUGCUGCUCUGGUUCACCAGAAGCGGCUUAGUCAUGCUGGCCACAUGACCCGGAAGCUGUACGCUGGCUCCCUCGGCAAAUAAAGUGAGAUGAGCGCCGCAAACCCAGAGUCGGCCACGACCGGACCUAAUGGUCAGGGGUCCCUUACCUUUACUGCUAGUAGGCAGUCCUCAACUUCAAGACAGUUGCCUACCCCUGGUGAGGGUACUGCAUGAAAUCCCUCUUCUCCGCCUAGCAGACUAAACAUGAAACACAUCUUUCCCCAGGUUCUACGGUCGGGAGAUCCGUGCUAGUGCUAUUUUGUACGGUGACAUCCCUCCUCCUCCUCUGGCGCAGGACCUCUACGACAUCCUCGAGUCUUUCACUCUGCAAUAUGAAACUCAGGAGGGGAGAAGCUGGAUGGCAGUAACAAGGGAACCCAAGAAGGUGUGGGGCAGGCUCAUGCGAAUUCUGCUUGGCUCUACAGUGGCACCUCGGGUUAAGAACUUAAUUCGUUCUGGAGGUUCAUUCUUAACCUGAAACUGUUCUUAACCUGAAGCACCACUUUAGCUAAUGGGGCCUCCCGCUGCCGCCACGCAAUUUCUGUUCUCAUCCUGAAGCAAAGUUCUUAACCCGAGGUACUAUUUCUGGGUUAGUGGAGUCUGUAAACUGAAGCGUCUGUAACCUGAAGUACCACUGUGUUUCUGAAGAGCCAAGAACAAGACGCCCUUGCCCUUGCAAUAGUGGGGGGCGCGGGGGGAGGGCCUAAAGGCACAAAGUGUGGCGGUGGGGGCAAUGGAGACGAUUCUUGCUAUGGCACAGUAUCCUGCAUUCCAGCCACAUGCAAGCUGGUGGUUUCUUCACAUGCAAGGGGCAAUAGCACAGUUCAGGACCACUUUUCCAGCCAGGUGUGGGCAUUUGAAGAGCAACGCACAACAAAUACGGCACUGCGUUGAGCCGAAUGUCUCGGCAUAUGAGUUUUUCAGUCAACAUGGAAGGGUUGUGUGUGUGUGUGUGUGUGUGUGUGUGUGUAUACACACACACACACACACACACACACACUCACAACCUUUGAGUUUCUUGCACUUAUAACAGAAGGUAAAAAAUACUGACAUCUCUCUUCCCCCUCCCCUGCCAGGUUAAUGAGCAACCGUCGAAGCAACAAUCACGCAGGACUCCGGUGCAAACCACACCGGAAGGUAUUGUAUAACUAUCAGCUUCCUCUUUUUGCAGUAACCCCCCCCUCAAAAAAAAACCACAUUCUAAUUUUAUGUGCCCUGAGUUCUGUUUUUCUCCAUAAAUUGGUAAGUUUCUUGACUGCCGGCAUGAGAUGGGGGGGGGGUGAUUCCGUGUAUGUGCGUAAGUCUUGUAUAUGUAGGAUUUUGCCUUGUUCUUGGUUUGUCACAUUGUUGCAUCACCUGCCACCUGUACCUACAGAGCUCUUCUGUCCAUGGUGCAUUCCUUGUUUACUUCAAGGAGGGAGUGGGUUGGGGAGGCAUUGCUGUAUACAAAGGGUCAUAUAUAGGGGAAAGGGCCACGCUGCUGAACACUGGCACUUCAACCCUGAUCUUACGAAGGUCUUCUCAGAGAUACCAUAUUUUUCCAUGUAUAUAUAUAUAUAUAUUUUUUAAAAUAAUUUUUAUUAAGGUUUUAAACAACAAAGAAAGAGGGGGAAAAAACAUACACAAUACAUAUAACAGCAACACACACAAAAAAACAACACAAAAUUCAGCAAUAAAAAAAACAAAAAACAUAACAAUUAAAAACAAUAUCUCUUUUCCAUUUCCAUUUUUAAGUUACUUAUUUUCUGGACUUCCUCAUACCUCCCUCUUUGUAUUCCAAUCCAAAUUGUUUGUCCAGCAGUUUCUUUUCCACUUUUUUAAUCCCAAUCUUUAGUUUGAUAAGAUAUUAAAAUAUAUAACUUCAACUUCUUUAAACCUAAUCCUUGGUCUUAAUAUCAUAUACCGUUAAAAUUUUCCCUCUUAAUAUCAAAUUUCCAUUUCUUUAAACAUCUUUAAUCUUAAUCUUUAAUCUUAAUCUAUCAUUAACUUUAACCUGUACAGCUGGAAACCACUUGUUUUCAGUCCAACAUCACUCUAACGUUCCUUAAUUUUGCAGUGUUUCUGAAGAUAGUCUUUGAAUUUCUUCCAAUCUUCCUCCAUCAACUCUUCUCCCUGGUCACGGAUUCUACCAGUCAUUUCCGCCAAUUCCAUAUAGUCCAUAAGCAUAUUUUUCCAUGUAUAAGACGAGCUUUUUAUAUUCUAGAAAAACGUUAAAAAUUGGGGGUCUUCUUAUACAUGGAUAGUGCAGAGGUGGGACAUCUGAUUGUUGACAGCCACGAGCAGGAGAUUGUCAGUGGCGAUUGGUUGGGUGAUUGUUGGCUUUGGCAAGGCGUGGUGGUAAUUUGCUGCUGCUGCAAAUUGAUGAUUUGUGACUGCAGCAAGGCGUGGUAGUGAUUGGCUGCUGCUGUGGCAAUUUUGCGGGCAAUUGGUGCCUGCUGGUGGUGAGCGGGCAGACAAUUGGUGGCUUUGGUGAGGCGUGUGCUUGGCGGCGGUGGUCAGUGGGUGAGCGAUUGUCAGCAACCCCCCCAAAGAAAGCUCAACAACUCUGGGCAAUCUCCCCCCAUUUCCUUAAUUUUGGGUCCCCAAAAAUUGGGGUGGUCUUAUACACGGGGGCAUGUUAUACACAGAAAAAUAUGGUAAGUCUCAGUAGCUUCACUGAUACUUGUAUCCAGGUAGGUGAGGAUAUUAUUGUAGCCUUAGCUGGUGGAUCAGCUGGGUUAUUUGAAAUUGAUUUUUAGAAGCUGCCAUCAGUUUUACUCAGGUGUUGUUUGAAAUAACUUUAAUACAAAUCCUUGCAAAAACCCUGCAGUUGGUAAGCACAGAAGAGGCAUUUUUUUUUUCCCCUUACACCUACCGCAUCUGCUUUGAUAUAUGUACAUAUUGUCUUGGAAACAAAACAGUUUGUUGUUUUCAGUAUUACAGUGGUACCUCGGGUUAAGUACUUAAUUUGUUCCGGAGGUCUGUUCUUAACCUGAAACUGUUCUUAACCUGAAGCACCACUUUAGCUAAUGGGGCCUCCUGCUGCCGCUGCACCGCCGGAGCACGAUUUCUGUUCUUAUCCUGAAGCAAAGUUCUUAACCUGAAGCACUAUUUCUGGGUUAGUGGAGUCUGUAACCUGAAGCGUAUGUAACCUGAAGCGUAUGUAACCUGAGGUACCACUGUAUUAAUUUUUUUGGGGGGUCAUUAUUUGGUCUCUCUUGAUCUGCUUAAUUAGGACUGUCAUAUCUGGAAAAGCAAUUAUCGCUUCAUGGUAAUCAAACUGAGACUAUUAAAGAAGAUAUUAAGUGGGCAUAUUAACUAAUAAAAUAUAUUCUGAAUUCCUCUGCAGCUGUAAGAACACCAGGUAGACUUUACCCUGAACUUCCCAGCUAUUCUGCCGCAGUGGGUGAGUGUUGAUAUUAUAAUAUUAUCAUUCAUCAUCAGUGUCAAAGUAGCAUUUGAGAAUUCACAAAAUCUCUUGACAAGACUGAAUCUUGAUACUUAACAAUCCAAGUUGGGCCACUACUCUGUUCUUAUUCCAGCCUCCCCCUUGAAAGUAUGCACAAGUUUCCAUCUCUCUUUAUUUUGGUUCAGAUGUUUAGAGAGAGAUUUAUUUACAAUGUACCUAACAUGGCUGAAUAAAGCUUACAAGAUUUGUAGACCAGAUCCAAUGACCAGGCUAAUGCAAUGUUGUGUUCAUUUCUUGUCAUUGAAAGGUCCUGCAUCCAAAAAAAGAUAAAUUCUUUGCACUGGGUUUUGUUAGAUCACCCAUCAUGCCACACCAAAUUAAGAAAUCACGGUUCUUGCUAGUACUUGUUAGGAAGACACUUGAACAUUAUCCCAUUAGUGUUAACGCUCCAAGGGAGAUUAUCUCCACUUUUGCAGAUCUGAGUGAGGAAUGGCUGUAUGUGCAUGUAUGUGCAAGGCUAGUUCCUGAAUGUCUAUACAUUCCUGAUGCAAAACAGGACUUCACCACAUGGAACACUGCAAUGGUAAUGUCGUAAGGCUAAAGGGGACCCCUAACCAUUGGGUCCAGUCGUGACCGACUCUGGGGUUGCUGCGCUCAUCUCACUUUAUUGGCCAAGGGAGCUGGCGUACAGCUUCCGGGUCAUGUGGCCAGCAUGACUAAGCCGCUUCUGGCGAACCAGAGCAGCGCACGGAAACGCCGUUUACCUUCCCACCGGAGCGGUACCUAUUUACCACUUUGACGUGCUUUCGAACUGCUAGGUUGGCAGGAGCAGGGACCAAGCAACGGGAGCUCACCCUGUCGCGGGGAUUCGAACUGCCGACCUUCUGAUCAGCAAGCCCUAGGCUCUGUGGUUUAACCCACAGCGGCACCUGCAUCUGGUAAUGUAGUAGUUUGUCCUAAAACAUAAGAACAAGAAGAGUCUGCUGAAGCAAGCCAAUGGCUCAUCCUGUUCUCACACCAGAUGCCCAUGGGAUGACCACAAGCAGGGUACUAGCACAGCAGCACUCUGUCCACCUGCAAUUCCCAGCGACUGGUAUUCAGAGACAUACUGCCUCUUAGCAGUGAAGGCGCAACUUAACUAUUGUGGCUAGUAACCAUUGAUAGCCUUUAACUGAUCCUCUUUUUAAGCCAUCCAAAAUGGCGGCCAUCACUUCUUUCCCAAGGGACCGAGUUCCAUAGUUUGACUGCACACUGCGCAAAAAAAGUACUUUUUAAACUGUCCUUUAAUCUUUCAACUUUCAGCUUCGUUGGUGUUCAUGAGUUCCAGUGCUAUGAAAGAGCGAGAGAAAACUCUUCUCCAUUUGCUUUCUUCAUGCCGUGCAUAAUUUUUUAUAAAUUUCUAUCACGUCGCCUCUGACUUAUUUUUUAAAAAGCCAAAUGCUGCAAUCUUUCCUCAUACAGGAGUUGCUCCACCCCCUUUCCUUUUAAAUUUUUCGUUGCCUUUUCCUGAAACUUUCUUAACAGUCUAUAACCUUUUUGAGUUGAGGCAACCAGAACUGUAUUCCGAAGGCGAUUGCACUAUAGAUUUGUAUACGACAUCAGCUUUUCAGUUACUUUCCUCAUGGUCCCUAGCAUGGAAUUUGCUAUUUGGGCUGCAGUCAUACAUGCACGUAUACUAGGAAUUAAGAACCACUGAACACCAUGGGGCCCACUUAUGAGUAAACAUGGAUAAGACUGCAUUGCAAUGCUUUGCUGCACAUAGCAAGAAAAUUGUAACCAUUGAUUGUUUUCUCAAAGGACUUCAGAAGAGAUUAUUGUAGAUGGUGAGAUAGCACCGCUUAGUAGUGAAAUGAAUAUUCGACUAUUUCUUUGGUAACAGAAAUAAUAUUGAGUGUGCAUGUAAACCGUUUGCAUGUCUUAUGGCUGGUUGUUAGCUCAAGACUAAAGCAAGACUUGAAGUAUUUUUUCUUUUUAAGCAGGGAAGGGAGAUGUCUGCAAUGGCAGCAAGAGCCUAGGCUGAGUUGCAGUGUGUAAUGGUCUCUACAGAGAAACCUUUAGCAGAUUAUAAACUGUAAAAAGCAGCAAAUGAGAUCAGGGUUAACUAAUGGAUAUUUGUAUGAACAGAUCUUUAAGCAAGAGAAUAAUGUGUUUCUGUAAAUUCGUAAGCCACGGUGACGUACGAGACUUUGGAAACAUUAGAGUGAAUUCUCUCUCCCUUUUAAAAGGUUUAAGGCAGCAUAGUCCUAUUUUUGUGGUUCUCUUUCUCUAGUCAGGCUUGUAGCUUACUUCCAUCUAAAAUAAACAUCCAUCUAGCAGCUUACCUCCCUCUGUUGUUAUAAACUGUCUUAAUGCUCAUCAUUAAACAGGAAAUCCCAGGAAACAAUUCCUAUUUUUGAAAUUGCUCUGCUAUUAUAAUAUUAUUUCUGGCACUUUUGUGCCAUCAUUUUAAAUCAAACUUCUUUUUUAGGCUUAUACUGUCAUGAAACGAGUAAAAAUAGAGAGAGAGAGAGAGAGAGAGAGAGAGAGAGAAUACUAUGUGGAAUUCUGGUUGUAUGGGGGGGGGGACUCCAUCUCCUGCUGCUGAGCCAGCUGAUUACAAAGGCACAUAAAGAUUGAGGUCAGUGCAUGCUAGGACUAGAAAAUUGAGGUCUUUGUUUUAUGUGUGUUUUGGGUCAAUGCCAUUUUGUUAAAAACUAACUUGAGUAAUAGGCAGCCACUAAGAGCGUCUACCUUUUUAGUAUCCUUAACAUGGCAACUCUGCCAUUUCUACAGAGGAAACAAAUAAUAUUUAGUGUACAAUGGAGGUUUUUUGGCAGUAAUUAAAGGCUGAAUUAAAAAAAGAAGUAGUUAAGCCUUCUCCAUCCAAUAGCACCCCAGGCUUGAGGCAAGGAACAAAGGCAUAUAAUUCAUUUUGCUUUUUGGAAAGAACUUGUAAGAAGAAUCAAUCUAUACAAAAUCCUGUUGUAUUCAGUUUCUCCAGGCUAUAAUAGGCACAUGGAUUUUAAACAGCACAUGUCGUAGUAACAGAGAGAACCUGGUUUUAUAGGGCUAGCUUCUUAACCAAAUGAAUCAUGCUACCAAAGUAGAAAGCCAGUGGAUCUCCUGAUGUGGAUAUGAAAUGUGCCACUGAAAAGCAGACUCGGGUCAGAUGCAUGGCAGAUCACACUGCCUUGACAAAUGGUGCAAAAAACAUCCAUCUCCCCUAAUGUCUUCGUUUUCUUCCUCUGCCUUUUUGAGAAACAACCCUAAUUUUAGUUUCAAAACUUGAUUCCAUACCUUGGUAUCUAACAGAGUGGUGGAUAAUUAACUGCCCAUAAGCAAACUUUUGCAAUCUGGGAGAGUUGGUCUAAUAGCUCCUUGUUGCAGGCUAUUAUUGUGGAGCGAAUAUCCUGUGGGAGAUGACCUGAGCAUUAUAUUACCACCCCUACAACCUUCCCCCCGGCCCUCUGACGAAGGGGGAAGCGUGAUUAGAGAUUAUGACAGAUCGGUUAUGGCAGACGCUGUAAGACUUUCCCAGUACAGACAGCAAUAAAAAAAUGAUACUUUUGUAUAUGAAUUGGAUUAAUAGCCAUGGAGUUGCCAGGUCACCGUUGCUGGCCGUUUAAACCUCUCUCCCAACAUCUGUUUCGUAAGAGGGUAAAGGGAGAGUAAUGUGGUCUUUGACAAAGCUUAUGUUUUGGGUUUACUAUAGGUCACUUCUCAACCUAAGCAGGCUUUAUCAGCAUUUGUUGUAGUGUGGCAUGUGGCGCAGGAAAACGUCUGUGGCGUGCCUAGGAGCCUCAGAACACUGUUUUCCCUAAAUAACGUUGCAAUGCUUGAAACAGAGGCAAAGCGUUCUUACCAAAGCUGAAUGAGUAAUAAUGGAUAGAGAAACGGCACCUCUCACUUCUAGUUCUUGACUCUCACAAUCAUUUCGGCGUAAACACUUGAAGAUUUGUUCGACUGAGCCAACCCAUCGUGCAGAGCAAGCCACAAAAAUAUAGGCAUGUCUCCUUAAUAGAAACGAUGGAAUGGGUUAAUAAUAAUAAUAAUAAUUUAUUUAUACCCCACCCAUCUGGCUGAGUUUCCCCAGCCACUCUGGGCGGCUCCCAAUCAAGUGUUAAAAACAGUACAGCAUUAAAUAUUAAAAACUUCCUUAAACAGGGCUGCCUUCAGAUGUCUUUUAAAGAUAGGAUAGCUGCUUAUUUCCUUCACAUCUGAAGGGAGGGCGUUCCACAGGGCAGGCGCGACUACCGAGAAGGCCCUCUGUCUGGUACCCUGUAACCUCGCUUCUCGCAAUGAAGGAACCGCCAGAAGGCCCUCGGCGCUGGAUCUCAGUGUCCAGGCUGAACGAUGGGGGUGGAGACGCUCCUUCAGGUAUACAGGACCGAGGCCGUUUAGGGCUUUAAAGGUCAGCACCAACACUUUGAAUUGUGCUCGGAAACGUACUGGGAGCCAAUGCAGAUCUCUCAGGACCGGCAAUGUUGGUGCUUUGAGCUCUCUCCCUUAAUAGAUGCCUUUCCACGGAUGCUUCUUUCGCAACCGUACCCCUUCUCUGCAAUGCUUCUCCGUAAGUCAUGAGCAAUCUUGCCCUACUGCAGAGCUGCAUUAAAAGAGUAAUCUACAAGAGUGAUGGGCAAGCAAAUGAUGGGGUGUACGCAUCUUUCUCAGGAAACAGUGGGCCUUUAAAGCUCUGGGUAGCUCUCUGUUUUGUAAGUGCAGGGCUCUCUGAGAAUUCAGCAAUAGUUGCAAAAAUCUGGUAACUAUCUCCACCCUUGAUGGAAGUGAAGUAAAAUAUGAAAACUUUCCCCUGUGUUGUUUCAUGAAGGGGUAUCCAUGAAUACCUGUGGGAUAGUACAGCUGUCGCCCCCCCCCUUUCUCACACACUUGCACAUACAUGGAUGCAAGGAAGCCUGUGUGCCUGCACACAAACGCACCACACAGUUUCCCCAGCUCCGCCCCUGCGUGUCUAACGGGCACAGUUGAGAACCUGCACAGUCAUGGUUCCUGGUUGCAUGGGAAAUUCUCUCUCUGCCUUGGCUCCCACUGCAUAAGGAAUGUGAACUCAGAUGGUCCCCCCCCCCCUUCUCAACAGCUUUAAUGCUCACAUUGGUGUGGUUGCUCACUGUGAAAAGAGAGUGCUGGACCUUGGCAUCUUUCAGCAGGGUUUUUUCGUAUGGAUCCAAGCCCAGGAAUUGGCUUUUUCCACAAAGUGCCCAAGGCAGCAAACAGAACAACAGUCAUUUAGGAUUGCCACAUAACACAACAAGCUGAUCUGCUGAGCUUCCUGCUCCUAUAAAACUAAGCUACAAGUGCCUUAAUGUUGAACGGAUUAGCCAUUCUUGAGCAAGCACCUUGGCCAGUUUCCCAAGAUAAAAAUUUGCUAGAUGUGUUGAAGGCCUUCCCACCCCCCAGCUCACAGGAACUUUCUCAGUAGCAAACAUCUUCCUCCAUUCUACAUGGAUAUAGCAUAACAAAAACACAAGACAAGAUUAUCAUCAGAUGUUUGGUCUACGGGUUGCUAUUAACAGAUGAACAGGGCUCAAUAGCGUUUUCGUCAUUUGAAUGUAGCACUGUAGCACCAUCUUGUGUAGAUUGAGCAUUUUUUAAGUCUUUUUGAAAUACAGUUGCAGUGUAACAACUUACGUAACAACUACAUGGCCUUGUUUCCCACAAACCUUCCUUAAAAUACUCUAAAGGCAAACAAAUCGCUGUUGUGUAUUUUCAAAAGGCUGGAAUGCUGCCAACAAGAGUUGUCCAGAGAUGCUGCUUUUGUAAAUUUCUUAAAUAUAAACAGAUGCCACACACAACCAGCUAUAGGUUUACCAACUCUAGUUUGGAAUUGAAGGUGCACAAUUUUUUGGCUAAUUUGCCCUGUAAGUUUGCAGUAUUUUAUUUAGUUUUUGCGUUCACUCUGGCUUCCUCAACUGUAAGGUAAAGUGUGUGUAAGCUCUCGUAUGAGCGAAAUGGGUUAAAUAUCUUCUCUCCUGCAAGCUGUGAAGAAAACCUUGCAGCUUACUUGCACACCAAUUAAAAAAUAUUUUGGUUAUGCUUGAGCUGGUAGAUAGCUCAGAUCUAAGUUCCUGCAGGACUUUAGAUUUCAACUUUCUAGUGCUUCAGUGUGGUUCCCCCCCCUUACUGUUUAGCCCCUUUUGCCUGCAACACAAGUAGGAACUGCCCAAACCAUUCAACGCCAACAUUUUCCUCUUUUAGAUGUUGAGUCUGCCAAUAGCAGGUGCCUUGAAUAUUUUGUUCACAGGAAGUAUUUUGUUAGACAAAUGUUGCUAGAUCUUGAGAAUGCAAGAAGAGCCUUAUAGUGUUGGUUCAGACCAAAGGUCCAUCUUGCCCAGAAGUAGCCAGCCAAAUACAAGAAGGGAAUGAAGCAAAUGGGCCGCCUUCCUCUUGUAGUUGUUGUUUAGAUAGCCAGUUAUGGAUUGGUUGCCUAUCACAUUCCAUGGCCUCUAAACACUUUAUCUCUCUCCAUCUCUGUAAACUGUAUCUGUGUCUUAUGCAAUAUGUAUUGGAAUUUUACGAAACUCAACAGAUCUUGGAUGUGUACCUCUAACCAACAUAGUAGUAUCUGUGUAGACCUUCCCCCAUAUCUUACUCUGUGCCACAUUCCCCUUUUCCCCCUCCCCUCAAUUGCUCCAAUCUCCAACAUAUUACACACGCUGAGUAGACCGUCCUUUAUACAGUGAAGUCGGACCAGAAGGCUUGGAGUAGAAUCAUGCAUGAAAACGCUUGACUUCCUGUUUAACUUGUAACAGGAUUUGGUCUCCAGUCUUGGAGUGGUUUGGGGUGAUUUAUGUUGUACUUUGUGGCGGCUCACUUGUCAAGGCAAGCUGGACUUCAGCACUCCAUGAAAUUUAUUGUUCAAGAUGCAACCCAGGUCCUGAACUGUCGUCUUCUUCUACUUCUUCUGUUUCUUAGGAAACUCAAAGGCCACCAGUCCUACAUUCGUUACAGCGCUAUAUCCGUUUGAAGGACAGCAGCCAGGCGACUUGACUUUCAACGCGGGCGAUAGGAUCAAGAUCACGACGAAAACAGAUUCACAGUUUGAUUGGUGGGAAGGAAGUUUGCAAGGCAGGACUGGCAUUUUCCCUGCUAAUUAUGUGACCAUGAAUUAAAGCACAUUCAAGCGGCCUUGCCCUUUUUGUCUUAACUACUUGCUCUUAAAUAUGCAACAAAAAAUUAUUAAUUACAAAUAUUUGGCUUGAUCCAGUUGCGUGUUGGCCAAAUGCCAUAGGGAGCCCUGUUUACCUGUCCUUGCCCUUCCCCUCCCAGGUGUACAUGCAGAUAUUGCAGAGAAUGAGAGAAUUGUGUGUGCCAUCUCUGUUGCCCAUUGAUGCACCUUGGAAGGGCUAGGCUGUGGAUAAGGGAGGUGCACAUGGGUUUCUCAUUCCUUUCAGUGCUUCCCUGUCCCGCCUUACACUCUGGUUCUCUUGAGCCUUAUUCAGCUCCUCCUUGUGAGCGGGCGCGUGCCUUCUUUCCGCUGGAUCAAGCCCUAUAUUUUUUACAGAUUUUGUUUUAAAUUUAAUAUUUUCAGAAAAUUUGUGUUUUAAUAUUUUUUUUGUAACUUAUUUGUAAAUGGGUGAAAUCAUGGAGCCUAAUCACAACGAGCUGCAUCAGGGAUGCUAGAUUGAAUGUUGUGUGCUUUGUAUUUAACACUUGUCAUUAAUAAUGUUGAAUAAAAUCUUUAAAUAAAAAUCUUGCCAAUUGGAAUUCUUCGGCAUUCUCUUAAAA